CGUGGAAACAUGCUGCCGAGCCACCUCAAACUCAACUCGGCUUUAACUUGUCGGUUAGUCGGCGGCAUGACCAGAGACCAAAGAGCCUUCUGCCAGGAGUUGCCAGACGCCGUCUCCAUAGCCUUCGAGGGUCUACAGCUGGCGGUCAAGGAGUGCCAGCACCAGUUCAGGUGGCAUAGAUGGAACUGCUCCAGCUUGGCUGUGAAGAGUUCAAACCCGCAUUCUAGUGCUAUUAUGAAAAGAGGUUUCCGCGAGUCAGCGUUCCUUUACGCCCUCACAGCCGCCAGCGUAGCCCAUGCUAUAGCCCGCGCGUGCGCACAGGGCCGGCUCCUCUCUUGCGGCUGCGACCCUCUAGGGUACAGAGCCUCCCAUGAUCCAAGAGGGAGGGCGCGUCCCAACAAGUGGGAAUGGAGCGGCUGUUCCCACAACCUGGCCUAUGGCAUCGAGUUCUCCAGGAAGUUCCUGGAUGUGAGGGAGCAGGUGGACGAUCUGCAGUCGAAGAUCAAUGUACAUAACAACAACGCUGGGAGAUCGAUCCUGUCAUCGCAGAUGGAGGUGCGCUGCAAGUGUCACGGUCUGUCGGGCAGCUGUCAACUCCGGACCUGCUGGAGAGCCACUCCUGACUUCAGGGUCGUCGCGUCUACUAUAAAGAGGCAGUAUAGAAAGGCUCUCAUGGUGGCUCAAGAGGAACUCAACAAUGGAUUGUCAGUGCUCAGAGGCCGACCUCGAGGGAGGAGGAAGAGCAGAGCAAAGCCAGCGCCGAAGACUAGCUUACUGUUCUUUGAAAAAUCCCCAAGUUUCUGCGACGCGGAUCCAAAGACCGAUUCAGCGGGCACAUCAGGUCGGGUCUGCCGUAUGGGCAGGACCUCUCGUGCUGGUUCCUGCGACCUCCUCUGCUGCGGACGAGGACACGCACUCCUGAGGAAGUCCAGCAUCAAACCCUGUAACUGCACCUUCCACUGGUGCUGCAGGGUCGACUGCCAGAGGUGUAAAGACGAGAAGUGGAUUGCGGUCUGUAAAUAGGCUGAUUGAUGCAUUGGAUGAGAAAAUGUUAUCUAAAAGGGAAUAUACAGUUUCUAAAAGUUCGACCUCUCAAAGAAGAACUGAAAUC